GUAAACAAAAAAAAGUAGACAUUCAACAGUUUUCUUUUAUUAUUGUUAUUAUUAUUAAAUUAUUGAAGUUUGAUAGACAAUAUAUUAUAAAACCAGAAUACUAUAAGCCUUUAUUUUAUUAUAAACUUAAAUUAACCACCAAGAAAAAAAAAAAGACGAAUCAAAUCUCGAUCUUUCUUUUUAAAUAAAUUUAUAGACUUUUUAAAUUUCAAGUUAUUUAUAUUAUCUCAUUCUUUUCCUUCCUCUCCUCAAAAAAAGUUGACUUUAAUACAUUCAAAUAAUAAUAAAAAAUGGAACAAAUCGAACAGGCUGUCAUGUAUGCACUUGGUCCUCAAGUCGAUCCAAAUUUGAAAGCGCAGGCAAAUGCAUAUUGUGAACAAGUCAAAAACUCAGAUGAUGGUUGGCAAUUAUGUAUUCAAUUGUUCAUGAAAGAGCCGAAAGCACUUCCUGAAGCAAGAUUCUUUUCACUUCAAGUAUUAGAGAACACUUUAAGAAAUAGAUUUGAUACUUUAGAUAAUGUCGCAGUAGAAUAUAUUCAGCAGACAAUGAUGGAAUACCUUCGUCGGGAAUUCGUUGACAACACUAUAAGCGGAUCUGAAGAAGCAUUUAUUCGAAAUAAGGCGGCUCAAUUACUUACACUUUUAUUUAUACAUGUAUACCCAACAACCUGGCCUAGUUUCUUUAAAGACAUAAUGGCGGUGGCUAAAACACCUGCUGGUACACCCAGUCACGAAAAAGCUGCUGAUUUUUUUUUAAGACUUUGCAUUAGCAUUGAUGAAGAAAUUGCUCGUCUCGAUAUUCCUCGUACUCGAGAAGAAGUAAUUCGUAAUACAGCUAUUAAGGAUACAAUGCGUUUAGGUGAUAUUCAGUUGUUGGCAUCAUUUUGGUUUGAACUCUUGCAGGAAUUUAGAUCAGUCAAUCCUGCUAUUGCACAACUUGUACUCAAGAAUAUUGGAUCCUACGUUGCAUGGAUGGACAUUGCCUUGGUUGUUAAUGAUCAAGUGAUGAAUGUCUUGUAUGAUUUAUUGUCUGAUACUAAUUUGCGUAUUUCUGCCUGUGAAUGUUUAGCAGAUGUUAUUAGUAAAGGCAUGUUACCUAUGGAUAAGCUGAAUAUGCUUCAAAUGCUGAACUUGACAGAUAUAUUAGGAAGGUUAGAUUUGUCUGAACCAGAAUUUGUUGAAUAUGUAGCUCGUUUAAUAAACGCAAUGGGUACAGAGCUCUGUAAAAUAUAUGCAGAACCUUCACUUCAAGCAGAUGGAAAGCAAACUGCUUGGAAUAUGAUUGACCAAGUAACACCUUAUCUACUUAAAUUCUUGGCAAAUGAAUAUGAUGAUACUUCUUCUGCUGUAUUUCCUUUUGUUAAUGAUAUGUUGUAUAUUUUCAAACGACAAAAGAAACAAAUGCAACCUUUCUCUCAAGGUCAACAUGAAUUUUUGGGUUCACUGUUAAAUGUUGUUAUCAUGAAAUUAAGAUAUGAUGAUGAGACAGAUUGGAAUAAUGAUGAAGAUGAACCUGAAGACGAAGCUUUAUUCUUUGAGAUGAGAAAGAAUUUGAGAAUAUUUGCUGAGCAUAUUUCAGCCAUCAAUGAGGAGUUAUACGUUAGAUAUAUUCAUACAUUUGUUAUGAGUACAUUUAAAAAAUAUGAAACAGGAACAGAAUUAAAUUGGCGUGAUGUAGAAUUAUGUGUUUAUGUACUUUAUUGUUAUGGCGAAGCACUUGCAAAGGCAGCUAUGAUUUUUGUUACACCUAAUAACAAUGAUAUAUUAACACCUUUAGGUGAAAUGGUUUCUGAAAUGGUCUCAUCCAAUAUCUCUGCCUAUCCCCAUCCUUCAUGUGCCAUGCAAUUUUUUGAAAAUUUGGCACGUUACUAUCAAUUUUUUGAGCAUAGGCCUGGUCAGCUCCCUCAAGCAUUGGGUGCCUUUGUUGACAAUCGUGGUUUACAUCAUCCUGUAAAGCAAAUCCGUACCCGCUGCUGGUAUCUCUUCCAACGCUUUGUUAAAAAUUUACGACCUAGAAUGGGUCCUUAUGUAGAGAAUGUUUUAUCUUCCUUAGGUGAUCUCCUAACAAUUCAGGCAGAACCUAUUGUAGAGACAAGCACAAUGGAUGGUACACCUAUGCCUGCUGCAUCUACCUUUGAUAGUCAAUUAUAUUUGUUUGAGACAGUUGGGUCAUUAAUUUCCUUGGAAAGUAUUGAUCCCUUAAAACAAACCGAAUAUCUUAAGAUAGUAUUAGAGCCUUUGGUGGAUGGUAUUCAAAAGUCAAUGGUGCAACCUCGCCCAGAUGAUGAACUCUUUUUGCUUCAAUUACAUCAUUAUAUUAUGGCUAUUGGAAGUGUUGCAAAAGGUUUUCCUACUUUGGCAAAGCCAUCGGAAGGUGUACAACUUCCUUGGACCGUUGUAUUUGUUCAAGCUACAGAAAUUAUUAUAAGUGUCUUACAAACCUUUAGUCAAAUAGCAAUGAUUCGAGAUGCAGUUCGAUAUACAUUUGCUCGACUUAUUACUUGUUUAGGGACUGUAGUCUUACCCUACUUACCUAACUUGAUUAACGGACUCUUGACAGAAUGUCAAAUUAAUGAACUCGUUGACUUUUUGCCUUUCAUUGGCCUUGUUGCCCAUAAAUACAAACCAAUGAUUGAAUCUAUUGUUGAUGAACUUCUUGUUCCACUUGUUCAACGUGUCUUUGAUUUUCUUAAUACAACUCCAUCGGGUACAGAUGAAGCACUCCUUCUGCUUGAUUUGCGUAAGGCAUAUCUCAACUUUAUCCUUAAUUUAUUCAACGCUAGCCUUGAAAAAGUUUUCGUGGGUCAAAGAAAUGUGGGGCAUCUUAAUACUAUCUUACAAAGUUUAUUACAUUUUGCCAAAGAUAACUCGGAUCCUACCACACAAAAGAUGUCGUUUGGUGUGUUUUUAAAAAUGGUAAAUGCAUGGGCUACUGAUGCAGGUAGUUCUGCAAGUGGUGUACCUGGUUUUGAUCAGUUUGUAUAUAAUGAGCUUUUGCCUAUUACAUUCUCUGUACCAAUGAGUGCAGCAUUUAAUUUGGCAGAUGGACAAUCACUUUUGGUAUUUGGUGAGAUGACAAGUAUUCAAAGAGCUUUGUAUAUCAAACAGGGUAAUGAGUUUAUUGAAUACAUGAAGACUGCAUUUUUCCCUUCUAUUCAAUGCCCACCAGAAACUGCAGAAAAAUACUGUCAAGCAGUUCAACAAUAUGAAAACAGACAAUUUAAGAAAUAUUUCCAAUCUUUUAUUACAGAAGCCAAAAGCUAAAACAAAAAAAAUGUCUAUUAAAAAAAAAAUUAAAUAAAUCCUUUUCCCCUUUUGUAUAGUUUAUAGAACAAUUAU